AGAGACUAAUCGGAAAAAAUCAAAUAUUUCAAAGUUUACUACAUUACGGGAAAAUGGGCACCAACGCACUACUACGGAGCAAAAUUAUGCGGGCAUGAGAAAUGCGCCCCCGCCCCUCAAUUAUGCGCGCCUCAGCACGCUCCUCUCCCUAUGCGGGAAACAAUCCAACCUCCGCCUCGGCUCCUCCCUCCACGCCGCGAUCAUCAAAACACGCCCCAACUUCGCGCCCGACCCAACCAUCUCCCGCCACGUCACCGUCGCGUGGAACGCGCUCGUCUCAAUGUACUCGAAAUGCGGCCGCUUAUGCGACGCGUGCAAGGUGUUCGACGAAACGCCUCAGAGAGACUCGAUAUCCUUCAACUCCAUCAUCUCGGGGUGUUUGAUGCGCGACGAGGUGAAAUUGGCGUUUGGGUAUUUCCGGGCGAUGCGGCGCUUCGAUUCGUGCCCGGUCGACCGCGCGACGCUCACGACCACGUUGUCGGCGUGCGCGGCGCCGCAGCUGCUUUUCGCGUGCGAAAUGGUGCACGGGUUGGCGGUUUUGAGCGGGCACGAGCAGGUGGUUUCUGUGGGGAAUGCUUUGAUCACCGCGUACUUCAAAUGCGAGCGCCCCGGCGCUGCGCAGAAGGUGUUCGGUGAAUUGCGCGAGAGGAACGUGAUCACGUGGACCGCCAUGGUCUCCGGCUUGGCGCAGAGCAAUUCAUGUGAGGAGAGCUUAAUUUCGUUUCAAGAGAUGCGGCGCCUCGUCGAAGUCAACUCUUUGACUUAUGCGAGCGCACUUUUGGCUUGCUCCGGAUCGCUGGCCCUCGAAGAAGGUCGACAAAUUCAUGCCCUUGUCAUGCGAUCCGGAUUUGCUAUGGACUUUUGUGUUGAGAGUGCUCUCAUGGAUGUGUACUCAAAGUGUGGAAUGAUAGACGACGCGCUCCGGAUAUUUCGGUGUUGCAGAAACCCUGACGAUAUUUCGCUAACAGUGAUUCUUGUGGGUUUCGCGCAGAAUGGAUUGGAAGAAAGAGCGUUUGAGCUUUUUGCGGAAAUAGUAGGGAAAGGGAUCGAGAUCGACGUGAACAUGGUCUCGGCUGUUUUGGGAGCAUUUGGGGCCUUCGCGCCAUUUAUACUCGGCAAGCAAAUCCAUGCACUGGUUAUCAAAAAAUGUUUUUAUUCAAAUAUCUUUGUGUGCAACGGGCUCGUCAACAUGUACUCAAAGUGCGGUGAACUUAGUGACGCAAUCCAACUGUUCGACCAAAUGUCUUACAAGAAUGUGGUUUCAUGGAACUCGAUCAUCGCGGCACUCGCACGCCAUGGCCAUGGUUUGAAGGUCUUCGAACUCUACAAGUGCAUGAAAGAGGAAGGUAUAAACCCUACCGACGUAACAUUCUUGUCAUUACUUCAUGCCUGUAGCCAUGUUGGUUCGCCAGAAAAAGGAAUAGAAAUCCUGAAUUCGAUGCAUUCGGACUAUGGUUUAACCCCAAGAAUCGAGCAUUAUGCUUGUGUUGUCGACAUGCUGGGCCGAGCCGGGCUUGUGGAAGAAGCAAAAGCAUUUAUAGAAGGAUUGCCUAUCGAGCCCGAUGCUCUUCUUUGGCAGGCUUUGCUCGGGGCGUGUAGCAUACAUAACAAAUUGGAGAUGGGGAAAUAUGCGGCACAACAACUGAUUUGCGUUUCACCGGAGUGUUCUGCGGCUUAUGUACUAUUAGCCAAUAUCUAUUCAGCUGAAGGGAGAUGGGAGGAAAGAGGGAGAAUAAUGAAGAAGAUGAAGGAGAUGGGCGUGAAGAAGGAUACGGGGAUGAGUUGGAUCGAGGUCGAGAAGGAGGUUCAUGUAUUUGUCGUGGAUUCUAGGGUUCAUCCUCAAAACGCGAUGAUUAAUGAGGUGCUUGGUCAACUCAAUGCGGUUGUUAAUGAUCUUAAGAAUGUGGUGGAAAAAAGGUUAUCAUUUGAUGACUUGGAGAUAUAGAGAUUCACAAAAUUAUACAGGUGUUUUGCAAACGGAAACCACCGAACUUUUUGCCGGUGCGAAAUUGAAUGAGCAUUCGGGUGCUAACAGAAGAAGCUCUAUUUAAGGCGGAACAAUUUGGCAUCUAAGGUGGAUACCAAUGAAAGAGUCGAUAGAGCUUUAUCAAAUCGGUUUACUCAAACAACACUCUUAUAGAAGCUUCGACCUUCAAUAUUUUCCAUAAACGCUCGUUAAAGAGGGUAAGAAUUAGCAAAAUUUUCUUUGAUUCUUUUUCCAGAGUUGACCUAAUUUGUUUGCAGUAAUACUAAAUUUACCUAAAAUUGUCCUCUCUUGAGUUGUUUUCUUCACAGGUGGUGUAUUCAUUGUUUCAAAAUGGGACACACCACUUUUUCUUCUCUUACAGUGGAGCCUCAGAAAAAGAGUGUACUUAAAUUGUCAAUAGUGGGGCUUUAGAAGAAGUGAAAUGAGUAAAUACCGUUGUACUAUGCAGCAAUUCCACUGUUUUUGAAACUUUUUAUGAUCUAUGUAAGCUUAAGAACACAAACUUGUUUGAAAUAUUAUGUACAUCUUGAUUA